AUGGCGAAUGAUCGAUUUGUUUAUGAUGACGACUCGCAACCAUGGACACCCGAUCGAUGGAACGCCCCCACACCGGGUAACUUUGGUCGCUCCUCCAUAUCCUCCUCCCUUAACCCUUCCCCGCAUCGUACAUUGCAGCCGAUCGACCGACUCGGAUAUCUUCCCUUCAAUGAAUGGGAGGAGGGGGAGGAAUAUGACCAGCAGCCACCACAAUAUGUGUGCUACACAAUCAAGUGGAUACUUAGAAUCAAUAACAAGCGGGCAGGUGGUGCAACUGUCAAAGACCUGGUCGUAGCCCCCAGCGAAUAUUGGGAUGAGCGUCUGACAGGUGCCCUUGAGGACAUGCUGCAAGCCAAAAAGAAGAAAAACCUGCGGGCUCGGUACGAAGGCGCAGAGCUCACCGUAUCUGUUAAUGAGAGAAACCAGAGUGAUCUCGAACAAUUUGAGUCUACCAAGAACAUCAAAUGGAAACCCUUGGAGAAACAGCUGUGCAAAUGGAGCAAUCUACUUCGCAUCGGCAAGAAGCUUACAAUUGACAUUGUCUUUGCCUACAGAACGGAUGAUGAUGCCGUUUCUACUCCUGCAUCUAGGAAGGGUGACAAAAGGGGCCGUGUUUCAACGACCAGAAUGCAGCUUGCUGAAUGCGACGCUUAUAUUGCUGAUGAAGAAGAGCGAACAGGAAGGCCUUCAUGCUGGGACCAUGUUUAUGAGCAGAUGCGUUGUAGAGUCAGCUCAUGCCCUCUGGGUUCUGACUGGUGUUGGGUAAACCCCCGUGACAAGAGACAUUACAAAAUUACCGGCCGAAUUCUAACUAUAUUAACCGUAUACGUUGAGGAUGGUGGCAAAUUGGACGGCCAUGACGACGUCCCAGAAGAUAUCCAGAAAGAUCUAAUCGCACAAAGCCAAGGAAGGACAGCCUCCAAAAAGGGCCAGGGCGUGGAGAUGCCGUAUCACCCAAUUAAUAUAAACGUACUCUCGCCACAACCGGGAGCACGUGAAUCUUCGGGAGUGGCAACGCCGCCCCAGCAUCCCGCCACUAUCAACCAUCCGGUAAUCCCAGGGCCUGGAGCUGUGAGGAAAUACUGCAAGUGGUUGGAGUCCCGGGCCACGGAGGAGGCCUAUAGAGCCGACAUCCGGAAGGCCUGUCAAGUGGUGCUGGAAAAUCUCAUGGCCCUCGAGCUGAUAAUGGUGCCCAGAAUCCUGGACUUUUUACUACUAAGGGCAUAA